GCCACCGGCUUCAGUCCAACGUCGUCCGUCGCGAGAGUCGCGCGCCAUGACAGCGCAUUAUACUAAUACAUCGUCGCGAGUGUCCUGACGGAACUGUGUUACUGACAUGGAUGUGAUAUAUUUGUGGUUUUCAUUUCUCUUGUUGCAAGGUUACGCAACAGCGACAUGCCGAUUCCCGGGUGCGCCGGCGCAUUCGCUGGUGUCGUUCUCGGACGAAGCGCUGUCGGAAGGCACAGUUGCCAGCUACUCCUGCGAGCGGGGCUUCGAGCUGCUGGGGCCGGCGCGGCGGGCGUGCGGCGCGGGGGGCCGGUGGACGCCAGAUGGGGUCCCCUUCUGUGUGCUGAACGUGGCGGCAGGCAAGGCUCCGAUGCAAGUGUCGACCGAGGAGGGCGGAGUCCCGCAGCGGGCUUUGGACGGCAGCACGGCCUCCAGCUUCAGCGAGACGUGCACGCUGACGCGGCCGGAGCGAGUGCCCUGGUGGUACGUCAACCUACUGGAGCCCUACAUGGUCCAGCUCGUCAGACUCGACUUCGGGAAGCCUUGCUGUGGCGCCAACAAGCCAGCAGUGAUCGUAGUGCGAGUGGGCAACAACCGGCCGGACCUGGGCACGAAUCCGAUCUGCAACCGGUUCACGGGCUUCCUGGAGGAAGGACAACCUCUGUUCCUACCUUGCAACCCGCCCAUGCCUGGAGCUUUCGUCAGCGUCCACCUUGAAGCUUCCACUCCGAGCCAACUGUCCAUAUGCGAAGCAUUCGUGUACACAGACCAGGCAUUGCCGAUAGAAAGAUGCCCUCAGUUCAGGGACCAGCCCCCUGGGAGCACAGCUACGUACAAUGGAAAAUGCUAUAUAUUCUAUGACAGACAGCCGGCCGACUUUAGAGACGCCCUCGGAUUCUGCCGGUCCAGGGGAGGAAGUUUGGUGGAUGAAAGCAAUCCAGCGCUCCAGGGUUUCAUCAGCUGGGAAUUGUGGAGACGGCAUCGAAGCGACAGCAGCAGUCAGUACUGGAUGGGGGCCGUGCGCGACCCCCAGGACCCGGGCAACUGGAAGUGGGUGAACGGGAACGACGUUACGGUGUCCUUCUGGAACGCCCCGGGCGGGAAGGAGGACUGCGCUCGGUUUGACGGCAGCAAGGGCUGGCUGUGGGCGGACACCGACUGCCAGACGAGGCUGAACUACAUUUGCCAGCAUCAGCCGAAAGCAUGUGGUAGGCCGGAACAACCCCCGAACUCCACGAUGACGACGGAGAGCUUCGAGGUGGGGGCGUCUGUGGAGUACUCCUGUGACGAGGGGCACCUGCUGGUCGGCCCCACGGUCCGCACCUGCCUCGACACAGGAUUCUAUGACGAAUUCCCGCCUGUUUGCAAACGAAUCGAAUGCGGCUUCCCAGCGGAGAUAGCUCACGGGUCGUACGCGCUGCUGAACGGGUCAGUGUCGUACCUGUCGCACGUGCAGUACUCGUGCGAGCCGGGCUACGAGAUGGUGGGCCGCGCGCGGCUGGUCUGCGACAUCGACGAGAGGUGGAACGGCCCACCACCUAGAUGUGACGUGGUACAAUGCGAGGAGCCACCUCAAAUUGCGAACGGGCGCGUUUCGAUUCCUCAGAACUCAUCCGUUUUCGGCGCAGUGGCCGAGUACGCAUGCGCGAGAGGCUUCAAACUGCAGGGCGCUAAAAGGACCACCUGCCUUGCCGCCGGAGUGUGGGACAAACCCGCACCUCACUGUAUAAUGGAGGAACGCAGCACGACGACAUCCACCACCACAACCACGACAACAGCGGCUCCGACCACUACGCCCCCCGCCUCAUCCACCACCCCCCGGCUGGUCCUACCCACCAGACGUCCAUCCCCGCGGCCCUCAUCACCUACACCCUUUGUGCCCGCCGAAAAUAAACGACCGCGCCCGAAGACGACUACAGAAGGAAGUACCACGAGGGCUUACGAGCGCCCACCCGAGAGGAAAGUGACGGUGGGCGAUGCGCAAGAGUCGCCGACGAGUCACGUCCCGCACAUCAUUGUCGCUAGCCAUCCUAGGGAAAACCAGAUUCUCGGCAGCGGCAACAACAUCAGAGCGGAGCAGACGCCGCGCGUCAACGUUCCUUUGUCUGUGGACGGCGAGAGACGGGAGACUGUUGGCGCGAGACUUAACCUCGGCGCCGUGGUGGCGCUGGGUGCGUUUGGCGCGCUCGUCUUCUUGGUGGCCAUUAUCACCACCAUUGUUAUACUCGUUAGAAGAAAACACCACGACGGCAAGCGAUAUCGUCACCACGUGUCGCCCGACUGCAACACCGUGGCGUCCCUCGACUCCUCGUCAUCAGAGUCGCGCAGCGGUCUGAACAGGUACUACAGGCAGGCUUGGGAGGAGCUACACGAAGCGGCGGGCGGCAAACACAGCCAUAGGAGACAAGACAGAGAGGCGCCAAAGGAUGGCUCGGAGCUGGUGGUGUCGGACGUGUACCCAGCGCCCCACGCGCGCGACAAGCGCCGCCACCACCAUCACCACCACCACCGCGACCCGAGACACCCCGACUGGCACUCGCCACAUCGUCCCCACCAUAAUCAUAAACCUAGGUAUUAGUUUAGUCGUGAGUAGCUUUAUUAUAUAGUUACUUGCAAUAGUAACUCUCGAAUCAGAUGGCACAGGGUCUUGAUGUAUUUCAAUUUUUGAAACGUAUCUACUUUUGCAGGUUAAUUUCGUAGGGGUGCAUAAAAAAAAUGCAUCAUUAUUUUUUAUCCCUACUCCCGUCCUUGCGUCACAGCUCAUAUUCGGCUCUCUCUUGACGUCACGUAUUUUGCCAUUCCUAAUGAUUCCGUAGUAGUGGUUCAAAGUACGCGUUUCUAAAACUUAAGACAUGUUUUCAGAUAUGACAUGAAAUUUGAAAUGACGUCGCGUGAUUCAGGAUCCCUUGUCGCACAUUACAUUAUCGUCGAUCCCCUCAAUAUCCUCCCUAUGUACGUGACGUAAUUUGUGGAUGGACCCCUGUUGAUGUUAUGGUCCUACAGAUUGUGACACAGAAAGUAACUUUUGUUUUAAUUAUUGUACCUUUUAUAUUUUGAUAGAAAACUUUAAUGACGGAUUUAAAUAAAUACGAAAACAUAUGUAACUACAGUGUUGAAGUAAAUAUUUAUCAUAGGUGUCCCAAUGAUAUUAAACCAAAUAACUGAGCAGGUUACAUUUUUCUUUGUUGAUUUUCUUUUUUUUUGUAAUUUUCAACCUACUUGUUAUACCACAGAAUAUUUAUACAUAUGAAAAUUAUCCAAUGUAGAAUAAUCAUAUUUUAAAUGAAUAAGUAUUAAGCAUGUGUACUAUAACAGUAGUUUCUUACCCUUUUAUACCUAAUUUAUUUACACUUGCUUAGCUAUGAUUACCUUGAUCUUUUCUUAAUCAGGUUUUCUUGCAACACCCAGGUAUAUUUAAAAAAAAAACAUUAUGUAGCAUUUAAGAAAACAUGGAGUUUAUUGUACAUACUUAAUUAUAAUUUUUAAGAUUAGAUUGAAGAUAAUCAUUGUUCUCGCGCUAACUUUCCCGUCUGGAAGGCGGUAGUGCCGGCCAGGAGUUCGUUUCUCACUCACAUCGAGUCUCUCCAUUUUUUGAGAUUGAGUUUGAGUUUUCCACAAAACGACAGACGCAAUCUGUCCAAUCACAGUGCGCCUUUGUGACCCGAAGACAACGAUCGCAAUGUGAUUGGUUGGUUGCGCCUCACUGCGAUGAUUCAAUGUGAAAAAUGAAUUGCAAACCUGAAAUACGGCCUAAAUAAUAAACUUAAACGUAAGAUUAGGAACUGUGAAAUAUACUAUACACGUUAGACAGGGUAAUUUAAGGUGAAUGCUCAUAAAAGUUCGCGCAAAUCGAUUACAACUCAAGAAAUAGGUAAAAUUGGGUAACAACUUGCUUUAUUGAACUCUGUAGGUACUUAUAGGCAUUCUAUAUUGAUGACAAGAACGGUAUGAAAUCGAUAAAUGAAACUAAACUAAGUAAAAUGAUAUGGGGAAAAUAUUGAUUAAUUUGCGGUUUAUUAAAUUAUUAUUUGAAAUGAUGAAUUAUUUGCCCUGAUAUUAUUUUAACGUAAGUUUUUGUCUUUGUUACGUUAUGAAUUAAAAAAAAACUACUUAUCAAUUUAUCAACAUAUAUAUUUAUCAUACAUAUGUAUUUGGCGGUACCAAAGUAGAAACUUACGUACAUUUUAAAAAAUAAUUUAAGUUACAAUAUAAUUGAGUCUUAAAAGAAAAUACGAAGAGCAUAAAUAAUCAAAGAUAUUAGUUUAUUUUUUAACCCACUAUGAUACUAAUGUUGCGUCAGAACGCAACAUUAGUAGUGGGUAUACAGAGCCAGUCUAUAUAAAAUUUCGUGUUUUAAAAUCAUAGCAGCAUUAAUAACUAUACAAAGCAUUGGCUUUGUAUAGGUAUUAAUGCUCCUAUGAUUUGUGUGAAAAAAACUCUGUAACACUAAUAUUGAUAAAAGGGAAUAUGUGCAUAAGUAAGUACGUCUAAAUUAUUUCAAUAGUAUCUACCUAUUUAUGAAGUAGACGACCUCGGUGACGCAGUGGUAAAGUGCUUGCCUCUGAACCGAGAGGUCCCGGGUUCGAUCCCAGGUCGGGUCAUAAUGGAAAAUAAUCUUUUUCUAAUUGGCCCGGGUCUUGGAUGUUUAUCUAUAUAUGUAUUUGUUAUAAAAUAUAGUAGCGUUGAGUUAGCAUCCCAUAACAAAAGUCUCGAACUUACUGUGUAAUUUGUCCUAAUAGGUUAUCAAUUAAUAAAAUAAUUAAUUGAUAAAAUUAAAUUAAAAUUUCAUUACUAAACUUACCGAAAAUAUUUAAUAUAUUACAAUGAAUAAAUACAUAAUUGAAUAAUCGAUGUGUAUACCAUACUUGUUCCGAGUUAGACAAAAUGAUACCAAUAGACGUCGUCAUUACAACCGCCAUAUUGUAAUGAAAAAAUAAUAAUUGCAUAAAAACGCUAUGUAUGUGUAAAGUAUAUUUUGAUAGUUUCAUGGAUAUUCUCCAAAUUCAUGUAAGUACUUAGGAAAUUUAAAGAAUAAAUCAACUUUGAUACUUUGGACAGAGGUAAAGUAGUUAUGAGCUACGCAUUACUAACUCAGCAUAGGGAUAAAGGGGCUAGGGUGAAUUUCACGAGCGUUUGAACGGGAUUUGAACGGGAAAUGGGGUUUCAUUAGAGUCCGACAUUUUUUUGAUUAAAGAAUCUUUUUAAAAAAAAAUUAAACAUUUAUAAAACAUUGUUUAACUUAUUUAUAAAAUGAGAUAAUUAAAUUGAUUACUGUGUAUAGUACAAUUUAAUAAACACUAAAGAGAGGCCGCGGCGGAGUUCGAAACACACGAGUGUGUUGAAAAUCACCCCUACUACGAAACAAAACACGUAGCACGUAAUUGCGUACACAAUAUGGGAAAAGAGACAGCUUGUGGACGUUAAAAACGUGCUAGGUACGUGUUAGUAUGUUUCAUGAAUGAAUAUAAAUUAUAUUUGUGCCAAAUUUCAUCAGGAUCCGUAGAUUUUGCUACAUAAAUCUCUCAUAUUAUGUUUUUCUUGACUCCGUCCAGACCUACUGUAGUAUUUAUAAAUUAUCCUCGUAGCUCCUAACUAUUUCCUACCAAGUUAUAAACAAGUUUUUAAACAGGCUUCGCUCAAUAUUUUGAAUGUGUCUAUGCAUAUCUACACAUUAUGGUACAAAAUAAAUUUAAAACAGCGCAGUUAUUGUAUCGGUACGUUGAAUUUAAUCGUAAAUAUGUGCCAUUAGACAGGCAGAGAUAGAUACUUAACACUUUAGCGCACAGUUUACUUAAAAACAUAUUAUUGUUACUGCUAUAGCAGCCUAUGUAAUGUCCACCUAAGAGAGUGAAGGGCGUUAUCACAUUGACAGAAUUGCGCGUAAUGUAAAAGCGGAACCAAUUUUAGCCGCUUAAGAUUUAUCCAUUUAUCCUACCUGAGAUAAAUCCAUCAUUAUACCUCUUUCUUGUAUAGCUUUAGUUAAUGUAACUACUUAUUUUUCAUGUAAUAAAGUUAUCCCAAACAAACAAGCGGAGACGAGACGACAGAAAGAACUUCUUCGAAAAGAAAAGAAAGAAUUCACGUAUUUGCCGCGUUGGAAUCAGCUCUGAUGUCCCCUACAUCAGAGCCCGUAGUACUAGUGCCCGUGUAUACACAGACAUUCGCAGAACUUCGUUUUGCACACAUUAUGAAAUCGGGUUAGUCGACAACGGUAUUGUUUUGUGGUCCGUUAUAAAAGUUUAGCUCUGGCAGACAGCAUGCUAAAUGGCACUAAUAAGGGUAAUAUACUUAGUACCGUUAGUACCAGUGGACAGGACUAACUGACAUCUCUGGUCGACACUUCACGCCUCCUCUCCGCUAUGCAUUAGUGAAAAAGUGCCCAAUAUCUGGUUGCCAUGUCAUUUUAUGAACGCGGUUUAUGAAUACAACUUCACGCACGUAAAGUUGUGCCAACACCGACCUAACGAACGCAGGCGUUUCUAUCACUUUUCAAUUUAUUUAAUGCAAUAGAGGCUAGCUUUUGCUUGUACAGUCAACAGCACAUCAACCUAACCAAAUUCAUUGCAAACUCACCGCUAUUUCCGCGCCAUAGAUGUUCAUGCAGGGUAACUUGAUGUGCCGUUGACUGUACAUUAUCGGUGUGAUUGCGCUCUAAAACUUAAAAAAUCACAGUUGUAUGUUAUAAACUAAUUAUUGUUACAAUGGGGCUGAAGUCUACUUUCAUGUAAUUAUUGUAUUAUAUACUAUAUUCCAUAAUCCUUAGGUCAUAAUACUUACAUAAUACAUUCCAAAUAUUUUCAAGAAGCGUUUUAUGGCUUCUGUAAAAGUGUUACACAAUAAUCAUCUUCGGAAUUCAAGUAUACAUCUCAUCGCUCAAUCUCUAAUUGUCAACUGACAUAUUUUGGCCCCAAUUCGAUUAAUUGAAGCUGGUACCUAUUUAAUAAGUUUUCUAACCCAUUCUUUCAAUUAUACCAUUCUUCUUCAUCAUUAAUUUUUUAAAUUAAUUUGUGAGGGCCAAUAGGUACAACGUCACCAAAACAGAACUAUUUGUGGCGUAACGGGUCCAUCAAGUGUUCAAGAUAACAUUGCCAGCUUUAGCAAACCAGUAUUAACUAUAGUGAAUGUAUCACUCGCGUAACUUUGUAAACGAUCAAUUUUAGUUAAAAAGUUAGGAACUGGUUUAGAUUUCCAGUGAGAAAAUAUAUAUAUGUAAAGUACUCUUAUACAAAUAUGUAGUAUUGAUUUUUAUACUAUCUAUCUACCUAGAUUAUUCCAGUGUCCAUAAUCCAUCGUACUAAAUAUUUUUGAGCAGUUUUUAAAGGUGUUUUUAAUAAGUUUAUUAACGUAAUUUUAAUCGUAAGAUCUUAUGAAAAGCGCAGGGUGGUUUGAUGUUUCUGUAGACUGUACCUACUUGGAGAAACAAGAGAAUUUCCAGACUGGACUGAAUGAUCCAAAGAAAUGACCAUGCGAUUUGUGUGGAAUAGUAUCUAGGGGAAGUAAGAUGAAAAAGGGGUUUGGGUAAGUUGGUAAUUGAAUUUUUGGGGCAACUCACAAAACUAUGUUUUUUGGAAAUAACAUAUCAAGAGAAAGAAUAAUUUUAUACUUAGAGAACGCAUCGUAAACUGUAUCGGCUUUUAAGAUUUUAAUUCAAUGCCUUAAUGUCAAUUUUACAAUGUAUGGGUAGACAUCGUUUCGUUCAUCUUCGGUUACUAUUACUAGAGCGCGAGAUUUUUUUUAAAUUAAUGUGAUUACGUUUUGCAAAUUCUAAUUGAGUACUAGUUAAAUGAAAAUGAUGUCGAAACUAUUAUAUAACGCAGCGGUACAGUAUAAUGAACAUUGCCAUUGACUUUAAAAGACCUAAAAUUCCUAACACUGUAGCGCCGACAUAGUUUAGCUUUAUGUACUCCAUAAUAAAUUUUGUUAAACUUUAUUAUUUUCUUUCUAAAAAACAUAAUAUGACGAGUGGCGCGAAAAUUCGAAAUUACGUCACUGGUCCCAUAGGUACGAAAUUGCCCAAACCGUUUUAUUAAUCUGUGCUCUGCAGUAUUUAAGUAUGACUAAGAUUGUUAUUUUGCGUAUAAAGUUUAAUUUAUCAAUCAAAUCAUUUAUUUAUAGUACAUAGGUGGUGACAAUAGAUAGGUACCUACUUAAACAAGUUUUACUAGUGAAUUAUGUCUGUUAUGCCAAUACAAACAACAUCGACUUACAAGAGUAUCAUUACAUGUAUUAAGGAGCUAUUUAUUAUUAUUAUAUAAAUCCUUAAAUCUCAUUAUAUUGUGUGUUAUUUAUCAUUUGUUCUACAUCGCAGUAUGAGGCUAAAGUGAACAUGUAUAAAUAAUAAUUAUUUUAUGGUAUGUGAACCGUGUCAAAUUGUAAUGCAUCAAUCUAUACUUAUUAGAAUUAAAUAUGUGAUAAUCUAUA